AUGCCAUUGUGCCUGCGAGCCGGGACACUCUCUCUCUCUCUCUCUCUCUCUCUCUCUCUCUCUCUCAUUUCUUUUGUGGAUGAUAUUUUGAAUGAGGUUUUGCAUACAUUAUGGAAAACUUUGUCCUGCAGGAAAAAAGGCACAAUCAAAUUUGUUGCCAUUCACCGUAUUGAGAAAGUGAAAAGAUGUGAAUUGACAAAUACAGUGCGCAUGAUCCAUGAUUUGAACCAUCCAAACGUUGUAAAAUUUGAUGAAUGGUAUGAGACUAAUAACCAUCUUUGGCUCGUUGUGGAACUCUGCACAGGUGGUAGUUUGGAAAAGCUGAUUGCUCAAGAUGGUCACCUACCUGAGGAUUCUAUUAAAAGUUUCAGUGUAGAUCUCAUCAGUGGUCUUCACUUUUUACAUUCUUUGAGCAUAAUCUUUUGUGAUUUGCGCCCUUCAAAGGUUCUCUUUGACUGCUAUGGAAAGCUUAAAUAUGCAGAUUUUGGAUUGUCAAAAGCAGAAGAAGAAAAUCUGGAUGAAGUAUUUGAGAAAUUCAUGGAACUUAGUGAAAUUGGAAUCAAAGCUGAUAAGGAGUUGAUCAAGGAAAGAUCUACAAAAGGUUCUCCAACUUAUAUGGCUCCAGAGGUUUUGCAAGGUGGUGGUAUGACUAUCACAUCAGAUAUGUGGUCUUUAGGUUGUGUUCUUUAUGAAAUGUACACAGGUCAUCCCCCAUUUGAAGCAGAAACUCUGACGGACCUUGUGGAGAAAAUUUGUAAUGAUGAUUAUCCGCCCAUAAAAGUAAAAGGUUCUCUGCCAUCUUUAAAACCAUCUCCCGAGUUUCAGGAUUUAAUACAAAAGCUUUUAGAGAAAGAUCCAUCUCAAAGAAUGACAUGGCCGACUCUUGUUUCUCACCCUUUCUGGGAGGGUCUGCUUGAUAACAUUGCCCAAGAGUUUGUGACGGCAUCUCCAGCUGAUUCCAAAACCUCAACAAGUGUACAUUCCUUGAAUUCCAGUAGUGAUUUCAGUUCAUCCAUUUCAGAUUUGAAUAGUUUUAAACCAAAAAUGGCUAAUGCUAGUGAUACUGGUUUUGGCGGUGGACUUUUCACUCUCAGCACUCGACCUUCCUCAACAGUUCCCUCAGAACUACAUGCGGUCUCACCAGCCCAGUCAAGUAUUUCUCCCAGACUUCCAGAAUCAGUGCUGUCUUUCAACAAAUCUGAUAAAAGCAUUACAGAAGUCCUCUAUCAUCCAACAGACUUUAGCAUCACACCGAUCAUUGAUAAUCCUAAAAUAACAAAAGUUCUUCCCUUAAAAUAUGAACCCAAAGUUCUGCCUGUUCCAGCUUAUUCAGUGAAGAAAAUCUUAUCUUUGUCUGAGAAAGGCUUGCAAAAACAUGUCACCAUGAUUUUAGAAUCCGUCCUGAAUGUAGAAAAAGGUCCACCGUCACUGAAGAGGUACCACUUUAUCAGCUAUAUUGGCACUUUGGCUGGCCACUCAACAAUUGCCAAUGUCCUCACCAGGCUAGGUCUGCUGACCCAUUUAGCCAGACAGACCAAAGAAAUGCACAAUGUGGACAUGAAGUUAAAAUUGUGUCGUGUUGCUGGAAUUCUUGCAAAUUCUACCACUUACGUAGAUGAAACGGUCAAUUUAUCAGAGCCUAUCACUAUUUUUAGUGAACUGCUCCGUGAUAAUCUCAAGAAUUUGAAACUUCGACAAGGACUUCUUCCUACUGUCGGUGAACUUUUAUACUUAAUUGCAAGUCAGGAACAUCAGAAAUGUGAAAAUGUUGAAAACUGGGCUGUACCUUCGAUGACUCACACCAUUAUUGGAAAAUGUUGCCGAGAAGAGGAUGAUGUCAUUGGUAAUCACACAGCAGCUAAAGUUAUUGAGAAUGUCACCACAACGCUCGGUUCACAUGCACAGAAAUUUGCAACAAAUGAUAUUGGACAAUCUCUCUGGUAUCUCUACAAACAUACAACAAUGGAUUCUCUCCAGAUAACAGCCUUAUUGGCAUUGUGUCGUAUCACAAGACUAUCAAUUGGAGUCUUCCAAAAUAUUUUGGAUUCAGCCGGCAUAUCAGGAUUACUUGAAACAUUCUCCAGUGGGAUCACCAGAAUACAACAAGCAGUCAUUACAAUGUUUGGUGCUCUUCUUGCUUCUGGUCACUCUAUCCCGCGCUUUUUACAGGAGAAAAAUUUUCUUACACAAAUUAUUCACCUUCUUGACCACCCAUCCGAUGUGAUCAGAGGCAAAACCUUCCUUGUAAUCAGUCAACUGAUAAAAUAUAGUCAUAAAAUGCUACUUCCCUGUUGCCAGUCAAGGCUUGUGAUGUACAUUGAAAGAGAUAGUCGUCAAACUUACAGCACCCCAGAUGGAGAUAUUCGUGAAGGAGCCGAAUAUUUAGCAUCCUGUUUGAAAAUACUUUCUGAAUGUAUUGUUCAGGCCAUUCCCCUUUUAAUGGAGGAAAUUCUUUCAGCUUUGGAUCCCAUAACAGGACGGCAACAUGUGUCCAGUGCUCUAGUCAUUAAACAACUACGUACCGCUCUCCCACAAGUGGCUGUUUUCCAGUAUUUUACUUCAAGUGCUAUUUUUCGUGCAAGAGUUGUAGAUGAUACGUUCUGCAGAAAUCUUGGGGAUUUGCUGAUCCAUGUGAAAAGUAUUGAGAUUCAUGGAACAAACAUUGAUGCUACGAUUGGACCUGGAAGCACGUCUGAAUUUGUCAAUGAGAUUGUGUCAACAAUCUAUACAAUCACCCAGCACCCAGUUCUACUACAAGAACAUUAUGAUGUGAUUACAGGAAUUUUGUUAAGAACCUUAGUCGAGUUAACUGCUUGUCAGAACGCUCCAACUCGUGAAUCCUGCUUAUGGUUAGUAGCUGAAAUGGCAUCAGUUUACCUUGGACAUGAUCUCACAGGCCGGAAAGGUGGACAGUUGACCAGAAAACUUCACAGCAUGGUUGAAGAAUAUCUUCUCCCUCAAUGUGAACAAAUCCUCUUGGAUCAAGACCCUCUUCCAAGCUAUGCUCUCAAACUGUUAGCAGUUUUGCUCAGUCAUAGUCCGAGCUUUAUCAAGCAAAUCGCAAAGCACGGUCUUAUUCCUGUCAUCUUUCAAGUUUUAAUAGAUUACCAACAUAAUCCUCUUUGCAGUUCAGUGAAGACAAUUGUAAAGAUUCUUAAUUGUAUUGUGGGUCAAAGAGAUACGGAUAUGAAUGACUUGUAUGAACAAGGUUUCAUUGACCAACUGAUUGGACUGAUUAUGGCUGUUGUUCCCUGUUGCCUGGACGAAGGAGACACGAGAUAUAAAAUGUCAGUGGAGAUGCUGCAGAAUCUACUCAAUACACUUCAGGCAAACUUGAAAUAUUUGUUUGAUGUUGUCAAGAAAGCUAUCCAGGCUAAAAAGCACGGCGCUGAGGACAUGAAAGAAAGCCACCAUGCUGAACAGUUGCUGCUUCUAAACAAAACAUUUAUUGAACUUGAUUCCAUCCUCACACAAUUGUUAUGUCACAAUGAUUGUGACAUUCAAGAACUUGCUACAAAAUCCUUGUCACUGAUGGCACAGCUUUUUGGCGGAGAAGACAGAGAUGCCCUAUCUCAAGAAAAUAUGGUGUUUUUUUGUCAGGCUUUGCAAACUGCUGACAGCAAAAGGCAAAAGGUCAUUCUGAGGAUUAUUAAGCGUUUUGUCACUGCUGAUAAGUGCCAUGCCGACCACCUGACACAGAAUGGAUCAGAGCUUCUCUCCAUUAUUCAGUCUCUUUUUUUUCUCUCUCCUUUUCUCCCCUCUCUCCUUUUCUCCUCUUUCUCUCUCUCUCUCUCCUUUUCUCCUCUUUCUCUCUCUCUCUCUCCUUUCUCUCUCUCUCUCUCCUCUUUCUCUCUCUUUCUCUCUCUCUCUCCUUUUCUCCUCUUUCUCUCUCUCUCUCCUUUUCUCCUCUUUCUCUCUCUCUCUCCUUUUCUCCUCUUUCUCUCUCUCUCCUUUUCUCCUCUUUCUCUCUCUCUCUCCUUUUCUCCUCUUUCUCUCUCUCUCUCCUUUUCUCCUCUUUCUCUCUCUCUCUCCUUUUCUCCUCUUUCUCUCUCUCUCUCCUUUUCUCCUCUUUCUCUCUCUCUCCUUUUUCUCCUUUUUUCUCUCUCUCUCCUUUUCUCCUCUUUCUCUCUCUCUCUCCUUUUCUCCUCUUUCUCUCUCUCUCUCCUUUUCUCCUCUUUCUCUCUCCAUUUUCAAAAAUAA